AUGCCGAGCAUCCCUCAUCCCCGCGGCGCUGCUUACCGGGACCGCUGCAGCUCGAAGGCGGCGGCGGGGCCGGGCUGUCCAAGCUCUCCGCUGCCGCCGAUGCUGCCCUGGGGGCUGGUGCGGCCGAAGGGCGCCGGCAGCACCCCCGCCGUGAAGGAGUUGAGCCGGCCGCGGCUGCCCGCCGCCGCGGCGCCCAGGAAGACGGCGGGCGGCACCUGCACAGCGGCGAAGGCGUCCUCCUCCUCCUCCUCGUCUUCCUCCUCCUCCGGGGGCUCGGCGGGCGCCGCCGGGGGGCUGCCCAGCCGCGGCGGCGGCUGCGCCUGGCGGGGCCGGGCGGCGGGGCCGUCGUUGCCCGGCGGCGGGGGCCGCCCGUCGAGGGAGAUGCUGGUGAGGAAGGAGAGCGCGGCCUGCCUGCGGCGGGGGUCGCUGCGCGCCGGCGGCGGCGGCUGCGGCGGCGGCUGCGGCGCUUUCCUGGGGCAGGGCUCCGCCGGCGGCGGCAGGGGCCCGGCGGCGGGACUGCCAGGGCUGGCGGCGGUGGCGGCCGCCGCCAUUGUCGGCCGGCUCCCCCUCCCCUCGCCGCUGGCCGGGCGCUGCCUCUCGCUGCCGGCCCGUCAGGCGGGCGGGCGGCGGGGCAUGGGCGCCGCGGUCCCUGCGGGGUGCAUGGGGGUGUCGAGGGGUGCGCUCCGCCCGGCCGCGCCGCGCUGCCCCGGGCCCCUGCCGCCCGCCCGCUCUGUAUUUAUAGGUGCAGCAGCCGCGCCGCCGAGCGCCCUGUGCAAUAACACGGCAAUCACGUGUGGGAAACGGGGCGCUGGAGGAAAACAAAAGCCCGGCCAGCAGCCCGGAGGAGGAGGGAGAAGGGUGGGUCUCGGCGAGCUCCCUCCUUUCAACCUCUCUCUCUCUUUUUUUUUUUCUUCCCUUUCACCCCCUUCCCUCCUCCUCUUUUUCCCUUCCUGGAUGCGUGGGGGCGGGCGGGAGCCGGGGAAGGUGGAGUCUGUGCCCGUAGUACUCGGCACAUGGCCCUCGGGGCUCGGCACAGACCGCCUCGGACCCAGGGCUACGGCUCGGCUCGGCCCGGCCCGUCUGCGGCACCGGGAGGAGCACUGGGAGCGGCACCGGGAUGCAGCCUUGCCGUGCCAAGCGGCCCUGGCGCUGCCCGCUGGUUUACCCGGGUGGGGGCUGGUGCCCGGGGCAGGCGCUGGGAGUGCCCGAUGGGCACGGGGGACAGUCCGGGACGGGGAGCGGCCCCCGGGGAUGAGCUUGAAUGCCAACGGUGCGUUCUGCGAUGCGGCAAACCUGGGCUGUCCGGGUCCCUGCUGCCCCUGCUGCAAUCUGAGGCGUGCGAGUGCCUCUGUGUGUGCAAGUAACAUCUCAAUAUUAAAGCAACCUCCUCCCCAGUCUUUCCUUCAACUCCGUCCUCAACCUUUCCCUCUCUCCUGCGGCAGAGAAAGCACAUUUGCUUCACUCUUUUCCAAAAGGGCAUAUAGCCCAAGCCCCAAAUAUCUGUAUUCGUGUCGUCCCCAAAGUGAAGGCUGUUGAGCAGAUGACUGCAGGUCUGCACCGUCUGCAGCUGUGGCUUGCGAAGGCAGGCGGCCAGUCCACCUCAGCAUCGAGCUCCUUCAUUCCUUCAUUACUUUAUUGUGAUCAACUCAACCGUGCUACAAGCCUGCUUGUCCUGUGAUGAUAAUUUCAUCAACGGCUUAUGUAAGGGUUGGAUAACAGAUACAUACAAACAGAGGAACAUAUGGUUGUCGCAAGAUAGCAACACGCGCUUUCUUCAUAAAGCAUUACAAUGGCUUGUAUUGCAUUCCAGUUAUAGCUGGUGGAUGAUUCACAAGCCAUCCCAAACUGUCACAAAAUAUUGUGAUGUCUCCUACAAUUUUAUCAAAACCUUGCUAAUUUGAUGAUUAAAAGAAAAAAGGAUUGAUCAGAAAGGAGAACCUGAUCCCAUUGUUAGAGGAAGCUAUGGAGCCAGGUAUGUGUUUCUCUCAAAAGUGUUAUUUUGAACAUUCAAAGAUCUUAGAAUCGCUCUCUGUGACUUGGAUUUACUUCUGAACCUUGGGCCUCUACUAACACUGAGUACCACAACCCCCGAAUUUAGGCACCAAGUCUCUGGGGUGUGCUACUUUUUUUGGUAGGGGACACUGCAUGGGCAGCAUUCUGAGCAGGAGCAGCGAGAAAGGGAAGGGGAAAUGAUGGAGGAAAGAGAUGUUUUCCAGAUCACACCUUCUUGGAGAGGUUGAGGAUACUUCUGUGCCUGUCCCUGUGGCAUGUCAAGGAUGGAUCAUUGGGAUGGAAAGUGGGUAGGCCAGAGUGCUAAACUCUCCUCCCCAGAGAAAAGCCUAACUGACAUGUCCCGUCUGUUGGAAGGAUGCUCUGUACCCCUGUGGUUGCAAAGUGGUUCCUUCAAACUUCUGUUUUGGAGAGGAAGGCUGAGGAAUUUCAUGCCUGACACCUUCGUUUGAUGGCAAUGCCUUUUUCUCACUGAAGGCAUUGUCCCUGCAGUGGUAACCAGUGAGAUGUCAGGGCACUAAUGCACUUGGCUCCUGUGGGAGUUCCAGGCUUCUUUUACCACUUCUAAAAGAGUUCAGGACUUUUUGGAGGAGGACUCCUGGGUCAUAGAAAAAUGUCACAGCUCUGUAGCCUGGCAGUUGGUAUGUUACUAAGUGCUUACCCCUGGUCCAGGGACUACUACCAAGUGGUAAAUAGGUCAUGGAACUCAGGCCUCCCACCUUGGAACCAGGUAAGAUAUACACUGGGAUAUUUUUUUCCUCUUGCAUUUCUGAGCAGCAACAGUGUGUGUUUUCCUCUGGAGCUCAAAAACUCAGUAUGGCAAUGGAGUGCUGGUGUAUAUUUCCCAAAUUCAGCUUCUCACAGUACACAGGUCAGGGAAAGAGAACAACCACCAAUAUGCCAGAUAGGGUUCCAGAGGUUGGUUUAACUUAGGACAUUCUUAUGAGUGCAGAAGUGUGCUCUCCUUUCACAGGAUUACUCUUGUGAUGAGAUAAAUUUCUAUCUGUUGGAAGCAUUAUUUUAAAUGAAGCCACAACCUCUGGUUUAGAGCUACUCUGCAGCUGACCCAGAGAAAAAAGUUAGCCCUUCCCUUGUCCGUUUGUGCAUCUGAAUGAUUUUGGCACCUGAAUUCUACAAAAUAAUUUUUUACAGUCUCUGCUAUCAGGAACAUUUGUGUGAAUGGUUGAGCCUAUCAAACUGCUUACAUUGAAAUUAGAGUGGUCAGGAGAGAUUGUAGGUCUUUCCAGGCCUGGCUCAUCCAGCUGAGCUUACUUUGUCACUGUGCAAAGUGCUUGUCUGUGCCCACUAGCCUAAAUCCUCCCAUGGACCCAAACAGAUGCUCUGGUCUAAUAUGCACAAGCUGCCUCUGGGGCAUACUGUCUUUUCCAAAAAUCACACUGAAGGUUGGUUAAAACAUCUCUUCUAUUGCAAGUGAAAAUAAACCCAUUUGAGAAAGCCACAUACAAGAAGAAAAUUACUUUUCCAGUCUGAAGCUGUUUUUGAUUACAAGUGGGGUACCACAGUACAAAGAUAAUUGGCACAUUGGAAAUACCCAGUUCUCUAUUUAUACGUUUAGUAGCAAAUUUAAAUUAAUGUGCACAACAUAAUACAAAUUUUGUUUCCAGUUACUUAUGUCCUUUUGAUCUGUGCUUAGCAAAACUUUAUGUGAAAGCAUGAGCUAUAGAAGUCCUGUGUGCUCCAGGAUAUGUGAAAAUAUUAAACAAAUUGAUUUUUCUGGUUGAACCUUUUUUGUUUUUGUUUGAUGGAGAAGCAGUGGUUGACUGGAGGAAAUAGCAAAGUUGAAAGGAAAACCAAAAAGGCACAUUCUGGAAGCUUGCUUCUGUGACUGUUUUUUCAAUAAUUUCCUUCUCCAAGUUCUCUUCCAACCAACCAGCUCUACCCAAGUGCAAGUAAAUGUUUUUAUUUCAGAGGUCAAAGGCUUAUGUAAACGGUUUGAUGACAAGUGGUAAUGGGAGUGAUGGAGCAUGAUGGCUUUUUCACCCAGUGCACCGAGACCUGCAAGAGAGACUCAUUGGUUGUGGGUGUUCAGAAUGAGAUUAGAGAAACAGUGCCUCUACAUACCUGCCCUCAGAGGAAUGUUAACACAUGUGUAGAAUCCUCGUAGUUUAAAUGGUGUGGGUGCAGUCCUGCUGCAAGGCAAGUGUGUGGCCAGCAGGAUGUGAAAAGCCAGCCAGAAAGGCCACAGAUCUUGAGCUAAAGUUGGGGUCCCGAGUAGUUUGUCAGGCCAAGCUAAAAACUAUCUUUGCACAUGAGUUGAAAACUUCGCUCAGGAUUUGAGUUAGAGGCAAGAUUUGUGUUUUACUGAGAGUUAACUCUGAGAGAAUAACCAGUCCUGAGUCACCAGUGUGAGUCACCAGGCUAGUUCUUGAGUGACUUCUGCACAGUGCUUGCUUGCUUUGGGGACAAAAACAAAGUUUCUUAUUGUCACUGGUACUUGUUAGAGCUGCAGGACCUAGGCAGAUAGGGGGAAGAAAGAGUAAAUGCAAUUGGCAUUUGUAAUUGUGACACUCUUGUUUUCUGUCAGGCUCAGUCAGGUAAUGCUGUUGUGUGAAGUUUAGCAAAGAUGUCUGGUGAGAGUGCUCCUGUAGGUGAGAACAGAGAUCAUUAUUACCAGUAGUCUUGGAUGUCACUAUCAGAUCCCCAUAGCCAGGCAGAGUGCCUGUAGCCUGUGAGUACUCUAAUCUUGCUGUGCAAGACUUUGGAGAAACAAUCCAAAUCCAAUCUUUAUAAACACUUUCUUUUUCCUUUACUUUGCACAAAAGAAUUGCACUUCAAAAGGGGAAAGCAGUUGUAACAUUGGAGAAAUAUUUGGAAUGUGAAUUUAAUAAUCCUUGUCUUUAGAAGGAGUGUCUGGCAGAAAAAAAGUUGGGGGAAUUGGAACAAGUUUCACUGAGAGCCGUAGUCAAGAAUGGAAAUUGGAUAAAGACAGUACAAAUUCUUUACAAAAACUAAUACUGCAUCUGGAUAGCGAGACCUCUUUUAGUGCCAGGCCCAAACCUUCAGUCUGUUGUAAAUUUAGCCUGAUUCUCAGAAAUGCUAAGUGCUUGUGCUUUUCACUGGUGAUUUUUGGGGAGCCUGAAUGUUUUGCCUGUUAAGGGUCACCUUUGCUAAUUGAAAUGUAGAAUUUUGACAGUCAGAAGAGUGUCACCUUCUUGGAAAAGCAGUGUUCCUUGGGUAGGAUUGGUCCAUGCUUGCCUCUCUGUGCAGAACCUAAUUUUGCUUGCAUCAUUCCAGGGUAGGUGCUGACAUCACCAAGUUGACAUGAAACCAAAUUCAAAUACAGUAGUGGGAAAGUGAGAGAAAUCUGUGGGCACUGACCAUCAUGGUUGGAGUGGUGUGUGUGAAGCAGGUGCCCUCAGCAAAGAUGAAACAGUGUCUCAGAUCAGCUGAGGUGUGGAUGGUCAAGGCACCCAACCUGCCAAUUAUUUUGCUUGUCAGAGGUGUGGCAGGCAUGGUAUUUGUGUUUGUGUUGAAGAGUUCCUGAGAUCAUCAAUAAGCUGGUUGUGCACAUACAGGUGGUAGAACCAAUUUGAUAGUUGUUUGUCUGUUAAAGAAUUUAGGCCAUUCUAGUUAAGUCGAAACUGGCCUCUGUAUCAUUACUCCAAUUUACUGCACCUUCACUAAGGAUACUUAAUUUUUUUCAUUGCUAGAUCCAUGCUAGAUCUGAUUCAGGCCAAGCAUUUCUUGGAAAACUGGUCAAAAUGGUUAUGUGAGCUCCAAGGGAAAGACCACAAAAACAUGUGCAUGCACACAGCAGGGGGCCUGAGGGCUUGCACACCCAGCAUGGAUUCCUCCUCACUUCUUUCUUCCAUCCGUGAGUUUUUGAAGUUCCUCAUUCAACUUAAGCUGGCUUAGAGGUUUUUUGUUGUUGUUGCUGUUGUUUUUUCACUUUAGAUAAUAUGAAUCCUUAAAGAACCCACACUACACUGGAAGCUCCAUUUUACUGGAUGCUGCUGAAAUACUCUCCCAUGUGUCAGUGAGCUUGCAGGAUGACUAGACAAAACAAGGAAGAUGGCCAUGUAGGAACUGCAGCUGGAAUGUGGCUGUUGCUGGCUCCUACUGGCUUCUACUAGAGUGAUUAAAUGGGAACAGGGCCACAUAGCUCCUCCCUCCCCUGAAAAACAAAAACUGUGGGCAUUUGUACAGAAAGCAACCCCUGUUUCUGUUUGUCCUUGUCUUCCUGCAGUUUUCUUCUUUGAAAUCAGUGUUUGGGUUUUGGGUUUUUUUCAAAGUCAUAAGUUAACAUAGGUGUGAGGUUCAAAAUGGAGUGGUCUUUAUUGAAACAAGGAAGGGGCAAAUGUCCUGUUUGCUUGGAAAUCACCUUAGGCAGUGGUGUAAGUAAAAAUCAACUUCCAACUGCAGUAGAACAGAGUGACUGGUUGCUAAGAAGAGCUGUUUUAAGGUUUUCAUUAAGUGACAGCGAUGAUUUAUCCUGUUCUUUACCAUUCUGAGGCAAUUUGGAAUCAAGUACAGAAUCACUGGACAUUCAGAGGGAAGCCUGGAAGAACAUCCAUCUUUGUCGGUGUCUGUUAAUUUUUAAUCACCUCAGGAUAAUUUUAAAACAGGCUGCAGGUCUCUGAAACAUUCAUGCCAGCAAGUCGUUCAGUUUGCUGGUUGCUGAGGGUAAGAAAAGCCUCCAGUUCACAGGACAGUCAGCCCAAGGAGCUGGAUGAGAAAGAAAACACUGUUGACACCUUCUCAGACACAGCCUUCAGAGCGUGACUCCAAGGGGAAUGCAGGAAGCAAACGGAAAACUUCUGGUGGCAGAAGCUGGGUUUUUGCGCUCGGCGUUUUCCUGUCUGCAGGCAACACGAUAUCCCGCAGGACUCUGAGUGACCUUUCUGCCUAUCAAAGCACCUGCAGAAGCACAGCUCCAACAGAAGCAAACAUGAGGUUACAGUAUAGAGAAAAAGAGGUGGCCAGAUGAUGUUGGACGCCCAACUUGCAAAAACACCAUCAGGGUGAAGUGCCACCAAUCCCUGGCUCAAUGCUCUCUGUUAACCACAGCAGAAGAUGGAGCAGAUGAGACAUAAAUGCAAUUCCUUUCUUGGGAAUGCACAGUACUUUUCCAGGAUUGCUAAGAAAAUAUUCUUUCUCAACACUCAGAGGCUGAGGAAUAAAAAAGGCUUUCUCACACCACCCCUCUUACAACACAAGUUUGAGAAGAAGAAAAUCAUAUUUUCAAUGAUUUCAUGUGCUUCUCUAUUACUGAAAAAGAAAAAAGAAGUAGAGAGAAGUAUGGCUAAAAAAAACAUACUUCACAACAUUUUACAUUUCUUUUCUUCUUUGCUGAAGUCAAAUUAUUAGGAUUAAACUUCAAAAGUCCCAUUGGUUUCUCUGAAUGGUUUGCCAAGCAUUUACUGAUCUAUUAGCAAUUAAUAGAGUGUGCUUGGCAGGCUAGCAACCUGGAAAGUAUUCAUUUCAUAUCCAGCAAGAAAAACACUUCAGAAACACAUAUAAAGAGUGCAGUGAUUUAAGAGAGGGUUGUCAUGAUGAGUUUGAGUUUCUUGCCUGCUUCUAUUAAUUUGACAGUAAUGAUAUAAGUUCGAUUGCUAGGGCAGAGUGAAAUACUUCAAGAAGUCUAAUAUUUCAAACUCAAUUAUUUUAUAUUUCAUUUAAUGGAAAAUUUUGCUCUAUUGUUCCAAAGUGUAAGACUACUACAAUUUGAGAUGCAGGAUAUUUCCAUGGAAUAGCAAUUGAAAAUUAGAUUUUCUGACUUGCAGCUAUAGCAUCUUGAUUCUAAUUAUAUUCAUCCUUACAUUUGUGUGAGAGGGGACCUGUAUUUUUGCAAACCGUCUUAAGUAAAAGAAAAUUUGAAUUAAAAUAAUUGUCUCUUCUAGGACAUCUGUUCAACAUUA